CAAAACCCAACUCCGCGCAAAAAAUUUCUCUCACCAGGCUUUCCCGACAACGACUACUUCAUCCCUAUCCACCUAAAAUUCCUCGUCGUUUAAUCGAAACAACCGGUUGAAGACAAAGGACAUAUCUAGCACUCUCCACUAUUCCCUCAUCGGAUCGGAUGUCCCGUUCCCUAUUCGAAAACACUUCUUUUCUACGGAGUAGUAUUAAAGAGCCCGUGCUUCAAUUGUGAUUCUUGAGCUUCUCGAUUUCAUCACCAAUGGCGAUUCGACGACUGUCUCUGUUGAUUUCAGUGGUGAUCGCUGCUCUGUGCGUGGAAUCCAAGUACAUGGUGUACAACACUUCCCAGGGUAUAGUCCAAGGGAAGCUCAACGUUCAUUUGGUUCCUCACUCUCACGACGACGUCGGAUGGUUGAAGACUAUCGAUCAGUACUACGUCGGUUCCAACAACUCCAUUCAGGUGGCUUGUGUGCAAAAUGUAUUAGAUUCACUUAUUCCGGCGUUGUUGGCUGAUAAGAAUCGGAAGUUCAUUUACGUUGAACAGGCAUUCUUCCAGAGGUGGUGGCAGGAUCAGAGUGAGCUAAUGCAGAAUACUGUCAAGCAGCUUGUCAACUUGGGUCAACUAGAGUUUAUAAAUGGGGGUAUGUGCAUGCACGAUGAAGCGGCCCCACACUAUAUUGACAUGGUAGAUCAGACUACGCUUGGGCAUCGGUUUAUUAAAGAGGAGUUCAAUGUGACUCCAAGAAUUGGUUGGCAAAUUGAUCCCUUUGGGCAUUCCGCAGUGCAGGCUUACCUUUUGGGGGCAGAGGUUGGCUUUGACUCUCUUUUCUUUGGGCGAAUUGAUUACCAAGACAUAGCUAAGAGAAAACUUGAGAAAAGUCUUGAGGUUGUCUGGCAGGGCUCUAAAAGUUUUGGUUCAUCUGCACAGAUUUUUGCUGGGGCAUUCCCUCGCAAUUAUGAACCACCAACUGGUUUCUACUUCGAAGUUGGUGAUGAUUCCCCCAUUGUUCAGGAUAAUAUCAAUUUGUUCGAUUACAAUGUCCAAGAGCGCGUCAAUGAUUUUGUAUCUGCUGCUUUAGCACAGGCUAAUAUUACUCGCACGAAUCAUAUAAUGUGGACCAUGGGCACAGAUUUCAAGUACCAAUAUGCUCACACAUGGUAUCGGAAUAUGGACAAGCUAAUUCAUUAUGUCAAUCAAGAUGGUCGUGUCAAUGCACUAUAUUCAACCCCAACAAUAUACACUGAUGCAAAAUACGCUGAACAUCAAUCUUGGCCGCUUAAGACGGAUGACUACUUCCCGUAUGCAGACCGUAAAAAUGCUUACUGGACUGGCUAUUUUACAAGUAGGCCUGGUCUGAAAGGCUAUGUGAGGGUAAUGAGUGGCUACUAUUUGGCUGCAAGGCAAUUGGAGUUUUUCAGAGGGAGGAGUGAAAAAGGACCCACUACUGACACUUUGGGUGAUGCUCUGGCAGUUGCUCAGCAUCAUGAUGCUGUUAGCGGAACUUCAAAGCAACAUGUGGCUGAUGAUUAUGCAAAACGGCUCUUUAUAGGCUACAAGGAGGCCGAGGAGUUGGUUGCAGCUUCACUUGCUUUUAUGGUAGAUUCAGGAUUAAAAUCUAGAUCCAGGAGUUCAGUGACCAAGUUUCAGCAGUGUCCGCUUCUGAACAUAACUUAUUGUCCUGCAACAGAAGUUGAUCUAUCCCAAGGAAAAAAAUUGGUGGUGGUUGUCUACAAUUCCCUGGGGUGGAAAAGAGAUGGUGUUGUAAAAAUUCCUGUGAUCCAUGGGAAUGUCAGUGUUCAAGAUUCCAGUGGACAAGAAAUUGAGUCGCAACUUCUACCACUGGGAAAUGUUUCUCUUGGCGUAAGAAACUUCUAUGCUACCGCAUAUGUGGGAAAAUCCCCUAGUGUGACCCCCAGGUAUUGGCUUGCCUUCACGGCAUCUGUUCCACCUCUGGGUUUCAGCACUUAUGUCAUCUCUACUCCUAAAGGGGCAGCCGCUACUUUUGCAACACAGACAUUAUACGAAUCCAAGGGAAGUGAGAACGGUAUCAUUGAAGUGGGGCCAGGGAAUUUGAAGCUUAUUUAUUCUGCAAGUGAAGGAAAACUUACUCAAUAUGUUAAUACAAAAAGCUCGGUCAAAGCAUCUAUAGAGCAAUCAUAUAGCUAUUAUUCUGGAGAUGAUGGAUCCCAGGAGUAUUAUGACGGAUCCCAGAAGUAUUUCCAGGCCUCUGGAGCGUAUGUCUUUCGUCCCAAUGGUACAUUCCCCAUUGCAUCAGAAGGGCAGAUUCCCUUUACAGUAUUGCGAGGACCACUAUUUGAUGAAGUUCAUCAGAAGAUUAAUUCAUGGAUACAUCAGGUCACUAGAGUGUAUAAGGAAAAGGAGCAUGUUGAAGUUGAAUUCACUGUUGGCCCUAUUCCUGUUGAUGAUGGAAUUGGAAAGGAGAUUGUAACCCAGUUUACAACAGCUAUAAAAAGCAAUAAGACAUUUUAUACAGAUUCCAGUGGACGUGAUUUCCUUCAAAGGAUUCGAGAUUACAGAGCCGACUGGGACCUUCAGGUGAACCAACCUGUUGCCGGAAACUAUUACCCUAUUAAUCUUGGAAUGUACAUUAAAGAUGAGAGCGAAGAGUUCUCAGUUUUGGUAGAUAGAUCUGUGGGCGGAUCCAGCAUUGUUGAUGGGCAACUGGAGUUGAUGCUCCAUAGGAGAUUGCUUCAUGAUGAUGGUAGAGGUGUUGAUGAGGCAUUAAAUGAAACAGUGUGUGUUCAUAACAAAUGCAGUGGAUUAACAGCCCAAGGGAAGUUUUAUCUCAGAAUUGAUCCUCUUGGAGAAGGAGCAAAGUGGCGUAGAUCAUUUGGUCAGGAGAUAUAUUCUCCAUUUCUGUUGGCCGUCACAGAGCAGGAUACAAAUAUAAAUGUGCCAAUCUUUAAGGGGAUGGAACCCUCCUACAGUCUACCCGAUAAUGUUGCGAUGAUAACCCUCCAGGAACUUGAAGAUGGAAAAGUUCUCCUUCGGUUGGCACACUUAUACGAGGUUGGAGAGGACAAGGAUCUUUCAGUACUGGCAAGUGUAGAACUGAAGAAACUGUUUCCUGAUAAAAAGAUAAGGAAAGUUACAGAAAUGAGCUUAUCGGCCAAUCAAGAGAGAGAAGAAAUGAUAAAGAAGAGAUUGGUUUGGAAAGUAGAAGGCUCUCAGAAUGAUAAAUCCAAAGUGUUGAGAGGAGGUCCUGUUGAUCCUAUAAAGCUGGUGGUUGAAAUUGCUCCAAUGGAAAUUCGCACCUUCGUAAUCGAGUUCCCCUCAUUAAUGUCUCCAGUUUCAAGAGGUCUUGUGCUGUAAGGUAAGAUGAGAAAGAAGAACCUCUGGAUUCACAACUUCUUCACAAACUUCGGAGAGCCUUAGCUUAACUUCUGUUUUCUUCUAUUGUUCAGCUUAUUUGCUUGCUCGUUGUCAUUGCUGAUAAUGACCUUUUUGCUGGCGUCAAAUGGCAUUGAGCUUCUUUUCACAUGGAAACCACUGCCUGCUGCUGAAGUAACCGCCCUUUUAGACCAAAAGUUCCUCUGCUGCUUUUGUAAAAUGGAAUCGUAACUUGCGGCACAAGUCAUUUCUGCUGAACCUUGUCUCUUGUUUCAUCUGUACUAUUCAAGGAAGUCAACAAUCAGAAUCACAAUGUGAAUACCUGUGAAAUUCGUCGAGUAAUCUAAAUUUGUCACCUGCAGUUGCUUAA